AAAUAAUUGAUUUAUUACGAACUUCAUUACCUUUUCUUCCCGCUUUCUUGCCCCCCAUAUUCGCCAAUCUCAGCUUCUCUCUCUAGUCGCUCCCUCUCCCCUCGGCCCUCACACAGGCCGACGGCGACGAAGUUACGACGGACGGCCAGGUAUCUGAAAACCAGGUAGGUGAAUAAUUGCUUCCUCUAAAACUUGCACCCACUCAUCUUUCCCCGCCUCUCCCACCGGGGACUAGCUCUCGCCGUUGCCCUUUCCAUGCGCGCAAUUGAAAAUUUGGGGCUUUUCAUGGUUUCGACCUGACAACGGCGUUAUGUAAUUCACAAACCCUUCAAUAGUUUGGAGCUUUUUCUCCCCUGCACUAGCCCCCUUCUUCAAUUGCUAUAUAUUGAAAUGGAUUGUCCUUAUGCUCAAGGGUUUAUGUGCGCUAGGGUUUCCUGUACCUGACACUGGCAGGACUCGGUUUCUUGUUCUUGAUUAUUGUGCAGUCAUCAGUAUGGAAAAGAAGAAGAAGCUCCGCAGAUCGAAGGUUGAUAGAAUUAGUAAGCUUCCUGCCCAUCUGAUACAACUAAUUCUCACGCCCUUGCCCAUAAAAGAAGCAGGCAGAACAAGUAUAUUGUCAAGAGAAUGGAGGCACCAUUGGAGAAGCAUCACCUGCCUUGUGUUUGAUGACGAGUUUUUCGAUUCACCGGAUUAUAAUUCUGAUGAAGAAAUUAGUGCAAAUAAGCUAAUGUCGAACGUUCAGGAAACUCUGCAGGCUCAUGAUGGGCCUAUCACAGAGUUUGUGCUUUCAAAUCCUGAAUUAGUAACUACUGUCAAGAUUGGCCCCUUGAUUUCUCACCUUUCCGGAAAAGGGAUCUCGGAUCUUUCCCUUCUGUACCGUAAAUACUGUGAUCCGCAACAGUUUGAACACGAGAUAGACUCUUCCCUUUUUCAUGCGAUACAACUGGAUAGGCUAAGUUUGGAGGGGUGUUUAUUCAAGGUACCAUCUUGGUUUAUGGGAUUUGCAAGGCUGACAGCCCUUCAGUUAGAACACGUAGGUUUGCCGGAUGAUUUCUUCCACAGUUUCCUUCUCAAGUGUCCGCUGCUCGAGGAUUUGAGUGUUUUCUACUUUGAGGGUCCUUCAAAUCUUGAACUUGUCGCUCCUCCGUGCCUCAAAGUGUUUACCCUGAUGGCUUUUUGUUUACGAAAUAUUAGCUUCAAGUAUGCUCCGCUGCUUUCUGUGGUUGCAGUGCAUGCUCACCAUUUUGAGGGUGACAGGCCUGCAACAGAUAUGGCCUCUGCAUUUGCUUCUCUCCCUGCACUUGAGCAGUUGUAUAUCAGCUCUGAGAGCCUGAACUUAAUGGCUGCAGAUCCUAUUCCAUACAGACUUCCUACUGCACUUCACUGCUUAAAAGUUCUUGACAUCCGCAAGUGUAAUGAGGAUGACAGUUCUUGUCAAGAGGAUGACAGUUUUCUUGAGCAGGAGGUUCUCCUUUGCCUCAUUAGGAGUUCGCCCAACCUGUAUAAACUUACAAUUCAGAUGCAACCUCGAGGGUAUUUGCAUUUUACGAGGAGGGACUUGAAGCUCUCAGACUAUGAACCAGAUACCGAUCUUGAAGCUAAAGAUGGUUGUUGUCAGCGUCUUGAAGAAGUCGAAAUUAUGCUUGGUGGAGGCUCUCAGGUUGAGCUAGACUUGUUGAGGUUCGUGUUGGCCAAUGGCCCGCUGCUGAGAAGGAUUGUCAUUGAGCCUGUGAAGGAAAUGAGUUGGGAAGGAUGUCUCGAGUUCUUAGAGGAGAUUAGACAGUAUGAGUGUGCUUCAAGAAAAGCCGAGAUCAUAUAUGUGAACAAGUCUAAGCGGAUAGUCUUUAGGACGAGAUUGGCAAAUCUUUAGCUUAUAUAAUCCAUACGUCUUGGAUGACUGGCAAGCCAUGCUUUCGCUUUGCAGUUUGUGUUGACGAGUUUGGAAUUUAUUCAGUUCUUUGAAUGAACGGUGUAAGGACUCUAUCCUAUCCUAGUUAAUAUUCUGGUCAGUGGUCACAAAUUCCUACAUAGCUCUACGCUUGUACAUGAGAAAGAUGAAACUAUUCUGUUGGGCGAUACCUUCA